GGAAAGCUACCAGGAGGGCGACGCGGCGGUCGCAGGAAUGGGUGCUGGGCCUUCGGGGGUGCGCAGGGGGCUCGGGGAUCGGCCGGGCGCGGCUGAAGAGACCGUCGCCGGGACUGGCCCUUGACGCUGAGCUGCGGUGGGGUCUCCGCAGGCGCUGCGAGGGCCCGUGAGCGGGAGCAGGGAGCAUCGGAGGAGCCGGGCUGCUGCCGGCCACUUCAGGGGGGCCCGCCUGACCGCUGGGAGGAUCGACAGUGCCGUGUGGGCACCUCUGGGGGUGGGGUGACCCUCCUGGCACGUUUCGGGGGCCGGGGCGCCUCCGCAGGGGCCGACGCACAUCCCCUGUGGGGCACCGCCGGGGCCCAGCGCUGCCUCGGCCAGCCCCCGGGCGGCCCUGGAUGGCUGAGCUGCCCUCUCACCGGCCGCCCGGGCGCCGCAGCGGCUGAGUUCGCUGGGAUCGCCGGGCCUCCGCUGCCCGCGCCGCCCCCUGCAUGCCCGGCGCCCGGGUCGCGGCCCACCUGGACGCGCUGGGCCCCUUGGUCCCCUCCGUGCCGCCGCCCCUGCUGCCCUCUAUGUUCUACGUGGGCCUGUUCUUCGUCAAUGUGCUGAUCCUAUACUACGCCUUCCUCAUGGAGUACAUCGUCCUCAACGUGGGCCUCGUAUUCCUGCCCGAGGACAUGGACCAGGCGCUCGUGGACCUCGGCGUGCUCUCCGACCCCGGCUCGGGCCUCUACGAUGCUGACUCGGAGCUCGACGUCUUCGAUGGUUACUUGGAGUAGGCCUGGCUGCUGUCCCCCGCUCUCCCCACGACCCGCAACCCUCGGCCCGGACCGGCGCACGAAUCAUGCCGCCGCUGUUGUUUGAGGGCACCGUCUGGCCAGGGAUGGGACCCCCCAGGACGAGGCCCUCUUCGGCCUCCGAGGCCUGUCCAGUGGGGAGACUGGAUGGGGCCCAAGGAUGAGAGGACUUGCAUGUGUCAUCAGUGGGAGCCGAGGAAGGUCUCUGAGUAGUGGAAGGGCAUGUUCCUAGCUGACCCUAGGAGAUGAAUCUGGCAGAGGACACAAGAAACUUGGCCGAUUUGGCCCUUGCUCACCUCUCCAGCCAUGUCUCCCCCAUGGCCAGCCUUUAACCCCUUACUCUCCACCCCAAACCAAACUACAGCAGGUUCCAGGACUUGGUCACCAGCCUUCCCUCUACCUGGCGUGUCCUUGGUGCACAGCCUUCCCCAGAUUCUGGGCUCCACCCAUCUCCUGUGCUUCUUCCCGGCAUCAGUGUGUUAACUUGGGCUAAAAUUGCUCACCAGAUUGUGUGUCAAAGGCAGAGGCUGCACUCAUCUCAGGGUCCCCAGCGCUCAGCUCAGGACAUGGCACACAGGAGGCCUGCUCCCCUCGAAAGCCCUGUGCCAACAGAGAGGUGCCCGUCCAGACCCAGGAUGGUGGGACAGAGAGAUUGAGACUGGGUGCCGAGGUCCAGAAGGCACGUGCCCCUGCCCAAAGGGUAAGGCAGGUGUGCCCGGAGACCUUGCCCGCCUGCAGCGUCACGCAAACGGCCUUGCCUUGGCUUCUGAGCUUUCACCGUUGCAAUGGAUGUUUACAGGAACCCAGCCAGAGGCUGCCUCCCUGCUCUUCACCCCCGACUGCAUCUGCUUCUCCCACUUAACCUUCGGAGCGGACACUUCACACACAAAAGCGACUCCCAGCUCUGUGUGAUGCCAGUGGAGCCCUAAGCCCAACGGGGUUUGGCCCAAGGCCGGGCUUAGAUGCCGCGAGUUUCAGAGAGUGACUCAGAGGAAAGGAAGAACACCCGGGGGGCCGAGGGUGGGGUUUCGACUCAUUCAUUUCAAAUUGUUUGCUGUCCAUCAAGUUGCCAGAACUGAUACAUUGCAACGGGGACAGCGCUCCUCCAGCCAGAAGUAUUUUUCGAAAAUGUGAGUGGUAUAAAUACUUGACUUCGAUAAACCUGUAAAAGCAAUAGUUAGGAGGCUAACUUCUUUCAAUUAAAAAAAUGUAUGCAACU